ACCACCGCGGGCACGCGCGGCGGGGGGAGCGCGGAGCCUCCUCAGCGCCGGUCCCGCACCCCCGCUCUCCCCGCAGUGCCUGUGAGUGGAGCCGGCCGGGGCUCGGCUGAGCGGCGGCGCCGUGAGGCGGCACCGGGACCUCCGUGAGGGCCGCCCCGGAGGCCCGAGGGGUGUUAGGAAGGAAUUCUUGGCUGGUGAGAGUGGUGAGGCACCGGCACGGGUUCCCCAGAAAAGCUGUGGGUAUCUGGUGUCUGGCGGUGUUCAGGGCCGGGCUGGAUGGAGCUCUGAGCAGCCCAGUGCAGCGAAAGGUGCCCUGCCCACGGCGGGGGUUGGAGCGAGAUGCCCGCAAGUGAGAGGUGGUCAGAAAGACAGCUUUGUUCGUUCCUUCUUCUUCCUUGAGAAAUCUGGAUGUGUUUGUUCUGUACUGACGUGGGGAGAAGGGGGAGAUCCAAUCCUGCACUGCGCUGGAAGGAAGAGCCGAGCAGGAGCUGGGACAGUGGGUUUCAAUAGCGUGCUGGAAUUCAGAGCAUUGGGUUCUUUUCCUUACUCCCCUAUGGAUGUACCAAGAGACUCUGUGCCUUAGCUUCCUCCUGUGUAAAAGAUGGAUAUUUACAUACAAGAAUGCUUUCAGAACUGGGUCUGGAGAACAAAUACUUCAGCAGGAUUGCUGAAUUUGAAAGUGGUACAAGCCCUGCGCUCUUGCCAGCACUGUUCUCCCUUUUUACUUUCCGUUUCCUUUCCCGUCUUCUUCCCUUUAGUCACUGUUGUGAAAAAAUAAAGAACCGAAACCAGCAGCCCUCCUUCUAGGAAAUGGCACAGGUACAAGAGGAGUGGCCAGGCGUGACUGUUCUCUCAGCUGCUGCUCUGCCUUCUGUUUUGCUGUGUCAUCUGUCCUGUCAUGAGCGGGGAGCAGCAGAAGCCCCCCAGAUCUUACAGCUGAAUUGGGCCUCCUGGGUUCCCUGUGGUGGUGACAGUGGAAGCGAAGGGUUGCAGAAGGAUUUGGGACAGCAAGGAAUUGACUGUAAAACAGCAGGUGAAAAUCCUGCAUUGAUAAGUGGAAGAUGAUGGAUGUGGCAGAGAAACAACCAUGGCACUGAUGCCCUCCCUACUUAAUCUGUUGCCACUUAAGGAGGAGAUCUGGGGAACUCUAAUACUGGUCUGGGGUUGACAGGGUGGUGGUGUUGGGUUGCUGUUUGGACUUGAUGAUCUCAGAGGUCUUUCCCAACCUAACUGAUUCUGUGGCAGUAUGUGACUCUCACUGAAAGGUGUCCCUUCUGGGGUGACCAGGAGGACAAACCCAUGGAUCUGUCCCUAUGAUUUCUGUGUUGAAUUCUCCCCCUCUGGUUAGCUACAAAUCAGGGUACUGUUGUACCUUCCAUUGUUUGUGGUCGCGUUGCAUGGAAUACCCCAGAAGUGUGAUUGGUGCAAAACAUUUCCUGGUAAGCAAGGGAAGGAACAAGGCCACACAGCUCUCACGCUGCCUCACGUUCCUCUCCAGACCUGUGGCAGCACAAACCACCAGCCCUCCACCCAGUUUUGUCUGCUCUGAUCACCGUGGGCCCCCUUGCUUGUUGAGCUUCGUGUUUUUUCACUGCUUUAUGCUUCCAGCAGUAGUUCUCUGGAAGUGUCAGCUCUGUGCUCAGAAGCAGGCUAAAAUGUGAUUGAAAUAGUGAGAAUUAUUGAGGAAAUAAGGAAAAUACAGAGUGAUGUUGUGGCUUUGUAGUGUAAAUGGUAGCCCAUCCUUUUGGAGGUGGUAUGCUUCUCUUUGAGUGUAGCCAGAAGAGUAACGAGAAGGGAUGGAGAAAUGACAGAGGUGAAAAAAACUGCAGGCCAGCUUCUGUACAAAGAAGAGCUAAAUAGUUUCAGAUUCCUUUACUUUAAAAAGAAACAGCAGGAGAAAUAGUAACAGAGCAAUGCUGUCAUGAGUACUGCUGAAAGAGUGGAGCAAGGAUUUCUUGCCUUUUCAGAGAGAUCCAAGUGUUUCAGCUGGAAUCCCUGAGUGGCUUGAGCACUGCAAAAGCAAGGCAUUGUUCAGAUGAAAUGUAACUAAACUGUAAAACUGGAAACCUGCCCUUAGCCUCUCCCUUCUUGUGUAGGAGCAGCCAACCAGCUCCAUUGCCCCGUUCAGUUCCAUAUCCUCUUCCUGGUAGUGCUCUGUAGCAGAAGGCUCAGGAAGAGCACAGGCUCCUGUGGGGGUAUGUCGGGUUUGCAUGGCCAGGUUUGGGUAGCAGGGGGGCUACAGGGGUGGCUUCAGUGAGAAGCUGCUUGAAACUUCCCCCGUGUGCAGCAGAGCCAAUGCCAGCUAGCUCCAGGACUGACCCUCUGUUUCCAAGGCUGAGCCCAGCAGGAAUGAUAGUAACACCUCUGUGGUAACUUUUAAGAAGGAAAGAAAAAAAGUUAUUGGGCAGAGAGGAGUGGAGUGGGAAUAUGUGAGAGGAGCAACUCUGCAGACACCGAGGUCAGUGGAGAAGGAGGAGCAGGAGGUGCUCCAGGUGCCAGAGCUGGGAUUCCCCUGCAGCCCAGGGUGCAGACCAUGGUGAGGCAGGAUGUGCCCCUGCAGCCCAGGGAGGUCCAUGGGGAUUCAGAGAUCCACCCACAGCCUGUGGAGGAGGUGGGUGCCUGAGAGAGGCUGUGACCCCGUGGGAGGCCCGUGCUGGAGCAGGGUCCUGGCAGGGACUUGCAGACCCAUGGAGAGGGAGCCCACACUGGAGCAGGUUUCCUGGUAGGACUUGUGACCCUUGGGGGAACCAACGUUGGAGCAGGCUGUGCCUGAAGGAGUUCACCCCAUGGGAGAGUGACCUGUGUUGGAGGAGUUCAUGGAGAACUGUUGUUCAUGGAAAGGACUCACGGAGAUGUUUGUGGAGGACUGUCUUCAUUGGGAGAGACCCCACACUGGAGCAGGGGAAGGACUCUCCCUGUGUGUGGCAGGAACAGGGUGAUGGACUGACCAUAACCCCCAUUCUCCAUCUCCCAGUGCCUCUUGGGGGAAGGAGGUAGAGUUUGGAAAGAAGGGAGGGAUGAAGGCAAGGUGGUUUUAAAAUCUAUUUUACUUCUCAUUAUCCAUAAUUCAGUUAAUUAUACCCGAGCAGAGUCUGCUUUGCCUGUGAUGGUAUUCGGUGAGGGAUCUCUCCCUGUCCUUAACCCAUGAACCCUUUGUUAUAUUUUCUCUCCCCAUCCAGUUGUGGAGGGGAAUGAUAGAGUGGCCUGGGGGAGUUCCUGGCAUCCAGACACGGCCAACCCACCAGAGGGGGACAGGAUACAGGGCUAAACAGGGCUGUAGGUGCAGGCUGGCUGCUUCUGCACAGAGGAAUGGCCAAGAGCUGGACUUCCACUGCUUCAGGAAUCCUAGAAAGGUGCUGGAGUAACCCCAAGGCUGACCAUGAUCAAGUGUCUUCUGUCCUCCAUCAGCAUCAGGAUUUCUCUGGAGCCUGAGUUUGUGCUGUCAGAGGUGACGUCUCCAGCAGAGGAUAGUUUGGAGUAUCACGCCUUGUAGGAGUGGGAAGUUGUUGAAGAUUUCUGUGGUGGACUUGCACAAAAAACACAAAUUUUCCUGCCCUAGGUGCUUUCUGAAUAAUGGCGAAGAUGGUGAGAACAACAUGUGCAUUUUGUUCAGAAGGGGAGGCUGGCUCUGUGAUGUACAUCGCCACAGAGAGAAAUAUUGCAGCUCAUCAGGAUUGUCUGUUAUUUUCCUCAGGAUUUGUGGAAUCUGAAGAUCAUAACCCAGAAAAUCUGGAAAUAAGGUUUGAUGUGUCAUCAGUGUUAAAGGAGCUCAGGAGAGGAAAGCGGCUGGUGUGCAACUUCUGCCGCAAGAAGGGGGCCACGGUGGGCUGCGAGGAGCGCGCGUGCCGCAGGAGCUACCACUUCUUCUGCGCGCUCUGCGACGACGCGGCCGUGGAGACCGACGAGGUCAAUGGCAUCUACAGGCCUCACAUUCCUUCCAUCUUGUUUGGGGUAAUGAGCUCUUCUUAUCAGGAUCCCUGCAUUCCUUUGUCCAGUCUUCAGGCCUUUGCAAGCACAGCAAGUUACAAGCUAACUGCAACUAAAAAGAAAAGAAGACGUACACUGGCAUCUCCCACCAUCACCGAAGAAAUGAGUACAGAAGAGACAGCAGAAGAAAACAGUUUGCGAAUACUAAAAAGGAAAAACAACAGGCAUAAAGUUCGAAUAGACUUUGUUAGGAAGUGCAAACAAGCUGGGCUUCUGGAUGACAUAUUUGAAGAAAUGCUGGACACACUUCACCUGGCUCAGGAAAAACUGAUGGAUGACAACACUUCAGAAACAGAGUAUGAAGAGACAGUGAUGGCACUGUUUGACUGUGGACUGUUUGAAAAUAUACUGACAAAUAUUUAUUCAGGAACAGAAGAAAAAAUCCAGAAACUUCUGGAAAACAGAAAAAGACUGGAUCACAAGAUUGAGGUACUGCAGGACUUAAAAGAAUUCAUCCUUCCUACUCCAGAGAACAUGGCCAGUACAUCCAGUACGGUGUCUGAAUAACCCCUCUCUGUGAUGGUGCAAUUGUUAGGAUUUUCUAAUGAUAAAAACCAUAGACCAGUCUGGUCAGUGCCCAAUGCCCCAGCCCCAAGAUGAGGGCUGAAUGGGUGCAGGAAUGUGGUGUUACACUCAUUUUUAUACCUCACUGUUGCAAUAAAGUCCUUCAAGUUUUCAAAUUUUCAUCUUCAAAUUUUUCCUGGUUCCACUAUAAACUUCCAUUUAUAUUGCACAACAGAAUGUAAAUGUGUAUUAUUAACUAAAUAUAGCUUUUGCAAAAACUCAACAAACCCUCCAGGGAAGACUUUUUCCUCAAAGCCAAAGGAGUGUUCUGCUGCCACAGAACAGUUGCUGAAUUCCCUUGAACUGUGGGAGCCCUCUCCUGGCUGGGCAGUAGCUGCCUCGCUGUCUGUGUCCAGACAGUGAUGGUUGAAGGAUCAUAGUGCUGCUUUGGCUUUCCCAAAAAAGAUUAAUGAGCAGAACUUGCACUCAAAGAAGCCUUCUGGAUUACAAACAGGAGUUUCAUUUAAAAAGCCAAAUUAUUCUUUAUUGACUGGUGAAGGUGUACUGUUUCUGCUGCAAUGGCAGUGGUAAAGCAGUGUUUGCAGGCAGACCAGAAAGGGUUGGGCAUUAUAGUCAGAACAAGUAAUGUCAAAUGGAGAAAAACAGUGACUGGAUCUUCCUUUCUCCAUUAAGAAGGGGUUCAACUUUCACACGUUUUGUCUUUAAAAUAUUGUUUGAAUACAGAAAAGCAUUGUUUAGCCACAACAGGCUAAUAAAAUAAAACAUUUUUUAAA